CCACACACACACACACACACACCGUGCUAAUGCUGCUCUCCUCCCGCAGCACGUAGCUCUCCGGUUCUCUCCCGCAGCGCGCAGUCGGUUCUCCGGACUCUCCGCGGACACGAGCAGCGGGACUCAGCAUGAAGCAGCCCGGUCUCACCCUCACCCUCACCGCGCUGCACCUCCUCUACUGGAGAGCAUGGGCAGCUCUGGAGGUCAGUAUGGAGGACAGGAGGGAGGUGUUGUUGGGAUCAGGAGCAGAGAUUCCCUGCGUGUUCAGCCUGGAUCAACCAGCAGCAGAUCUGAAGAUUGAGUGGUUUGUGAGUUUGUCUGGAGGAAAUAAACAGCGAAUCCACUACAAAACCGGCAGCGAGGAGCCACAAGUGGAGGCCACAAGAUACACAGACCGAAUCAGUGUCUCCUACAAUUCCAGCACUAACGGGAACAGUGUUCUGACCAUCAGCAGCACACAGCUCAGCGACGAGCAGGAGUAUUUCUGCAGAGUGAGCGCGGACUCAGCCAGCGACGAGAAACACACUCAACUCCUCGUUUUCCAGCCUCCGUCUCCUCCAACUAUAGAAGCUGAGAAACAUGUUUCUGCAGACUCAGAUAAAAUGGAAAAGAUCGCAACCUGCGUAGCUGAAAAUGCGUACCCCGCUCCGAAGGUACUGUGGCACAAAGACGGCAUCCCCCUGCAGCCCUCAGAUGAUGAUGUGUACGUGAUGAACAGCGUGACUGUGCAGCCCAGCUUCCUGCAGACGUUACAGAGUACACUGCACCUCAAAAUGGUGAAAAAAGAAGAUAAAGACGCAGAAUUCUACUGUGAGAUCUCCUACUUUACUGUUGGAGGUGAAAGUAUGAUGGAGUCCGACCACGUCAAGAUCACAGUCCACUAUUCAGCAACAGAAGUUAAGAUGUACCAGGUUUCCCCCGAAAGACUUGUGAAAGAAGGUGACAGAGUGGAGCUCAGAUGUCAGGGAGAUGGAAAUGUUUCACCAGCAAUCACCUUUUCACGUAACGGAAAUGAAUUAGAAUCACAAAAUGAAAAUUUAAUGGUUCUGGAAAACGUUAAUCGAACAAACAGUGGUGAAUACCUUUGCUCAUAUACAGAGGACUGGGUCAAUUACCUACAAUCAAACUUUACCCUGAAAGUACACUUUAUGGAUGAUGUUGUAAUUACUCCAGAACAGCCAGCAGAACUGGAUGAAGGACAGAAUCUCAGUCUGUCCUGCAACGCUCUCUGCUCUCUGCCCACUCGUACAGUGUGGUACAAGGACAAUAAACAGCUGGAUGAAGGGAAUAUUCUGACUCUAAGCAGUGUUUCCAGUAAAUCGUCCGGGACGUACACCUGCAAAGUUCAAGCCCCUGAUUUACCUGAGCUGUCGGGAGAAAGCUCUGUGGACGUCACUGUGAGAGGAAAACCUGAGAUUACAGACAAGAUAGAAAUAAUCAGCCUGGAGAAUAAAAAUAUGUUUAAUCUGAGCUGCAGUACGACCGGACACCCAACUCCUAACAUCACCUGGAGCCUCUCUGAUGAGCAAACUCGUGUGGAUGUGUGGAAUAUGGAGACAGACAACAGCAUUAUCAGUAUUAUAACCAUCAGCACCACGUCUACCGUCAACGCCUCCUGCAUAGCCACCAAUGAGAUGGGCACAGUCCUGACAUCUAUUAGUGUUGAACCUGAUAAAUUUGAAGAUUCAACUACAGUAACAACAGGCACUACUUCCAGCAGUACCACAGGACCGCCCACCUCUCACAAUCAGACAGAACCUCCAGCAGAAACAGACGAGUCUCCCAAAAAGAAAGAGCACGUCCGAAAAGAGAGCAGUGGAUUCAUCAUCGCCAUCCUCAUCAUCCUCGUUUUACUGCUGGCCAUCGGGGGCAGCGUGUUCUACUUCCUCUACAAGAAGGGCAAGAUCCCGUGUGGGCGCUCAGGGAAACAGGAUCUGACGAAGGAAAGCGCCAGUAAGGAUGAUUUUGUGGUGGAGAUGAAGAGCGGGAAGUCUGAGGAGGCGGUGCUUCUGCAGGGAGUCAACGGAGAUAAAAAGAUUCCCAAUGACCAGUGAAGAGUGAAGGCUGUACAGACGCUCAGAGAGGAGGAGGAGGAGGAGUCACUAACAGCCUUCAGCUACACCAAACACUCUCUCUCUCAGGGUGAGACCCUCCAACCAGAGGCCUCCAGCCUUCUCCUCACAGGAAUUCCCCCAUUUAACCCCUCCACCUCCAACUCCGCCUCCACCUCUGGGCCGGGACCCGGUGCACUUCAGAGACUCCGCCUCCGCCCCGCUGCACCGGCCGGUCUCCUCCACCCUGUAAAGCAGUCCGUUUCAGUAUUUUAACCCGACACCCUGCCAGGAUGCGCUGUCCUCCAACAGCCUGUGCUGUUUAUAUAUUGUAUAUAUGAUCUAGUGUACAUAUUUAGAUAUUUAAAAUGCUUCCCACAGAGAAACCCUGAGGGAGAAUUCUCCACCGCCGACUGGAGACUCUCUCUGUUGAUCUGGAGGAGCGACCUUUGUUUGACCUCUGUUUGAAGACUGUCCUGUACGGUGGCCCAGAAAAGACACAUCAUAACAACAUUUACAAAACAAACAAAAAGAUGACAACGCAACUAAAUGAACCCUUUCAGACCUAAUAUUAUUUCCAGUACUAAAAAAUAUCAUGUUUUUUUUUCUGUCUGCAAUGCAUUUAAAAUCAGUAAAUUAAUAAAAAAAGGUGAGGGUGAGAGAAUAUGCAAUAAAGAAGAAAAUACAUGAUGUUCGUUGUAAUGGAUGCAGAAAGAGUUAAGAAAACGCAACUACAUUAAAAAAGGCAGCAAACAACAACAUUUAAAAAGCAAACAAAAAGAUGACAACGCAACUACAAAUUACGAAAAUCCGACUAAAUUACGAAAAUCCAACUAAAUUACGAAAAUCCAACUAAAUUACGAAAAUCCAACUAAAUUACGAAAAUCCAACUAAAUUAGGAAAAUCCAAGUAAAUUAAGAAAAUCCAACAAAAUUACGAAAAUCCAACUACAUUAAGAAAACAUUAGUAUAUUAAGAAAACGCAAAAAACAACAACAUUUACAAAGCAAACAAAAAGAUGAUGACGCAACUACAUUUCAGCCUUUCAGACCAAAUAUUAUUUCCAGUACUUAAAAAUAUCUGCAAAGCAUUUAAACACAGUAAAGUAAUACAUAAAAGGUGAGGGUGAGGCUGAACUGCUGUUUGAUUGGCUGAUGAAUGUAUAUUCGGAAGGACAGCGCCCUCUAGCGACUGGGAGCAUUUCUGGUGUGGGAAAUAUAUUUGCUUUUCCUAUAAUGCUGCGUUUUCUUAAUGUAGUUGCGUUAUCAUCUAUUAGUUUGAUUUGUAAAUGUUAUUAUGAUAUGUCUCUCUGGGCCACCGUAGUCCUGCUUUGCUGUUCUUCUGCCUGUUCAGAUCGCUCUGCAUCACAUAGUCCGUGCACUGAAACACCGAGAGGCGUCUCACACUGCUGUGCUAAAAACACUGUACACACACUUCCCCUUUAAUACACCUUAAAAUCCACCAAUCACAUUAAAGCGUCUUUUUUUUAAGCACAUACUGUUUAGGGUAAGAGAAGAUAACGACCAAAUCAACUGAGAAUAAUAUUAUGAGAACAAUAAAGCCAGGAAAGCUACGUUCACAUUACCAGGCGAAAGUGACCCAAAGCUGAUUUUUUGUUUUUGCUCAAUGUGGAUCAGAUCUGAUUUUUUCAUGGCUGUGUGAACGUGGCAUAUCUGAUUUAGGUCACUUACAGACGUGGUCCUAAAUUAUAUAUAUACAUACAUACACACAAGCACAGUUCAGAAGAUUGGAACCAAUAUUCCGUUUAAAUAAACCCAAUCUGUUUGCAGAUCAACAUAAAUAAUGCUACAGUAAAAUCAGAAAAUCAAAAAUGAUUAAUACAGGUUAUGAGUUAUACGUGUUUCUAAAAGUACAGAGGAAAAUAUAGAAUAUUUAUAAUUAAGUUGUUCAGAAUCAUUAUGACUUAAAGAAAAACAUGAUGCUUUUUCAUCUUUGCAUAUUUUUUAAUUGCUUAAAACACUGAAAAUAACAGAUAAACUAUGAAUUACUAUUAAAUAUAACAAAAUACUAUCAGCACUAUUGGUUCCAAACUUUUGAAUUAUAGUGUUUGUGUGUAAGUAGGAGUCACUGUCAUGCAAAAAAUACAAUUAUCUCCAAUUAUUUACUUUUUGGACCAAUGGAAAUGCUCCAAAACGACAUCAAACUUCACUUGAAUGUAAAUUCUUUGUGUUUCCUUCUCCUGAAAGGGCCACUGCAUUUUUUAUUUUUAUUUUUUUGCAUAGGAACAAAUGAUAUAUAUUAAAAAGGUCCAAUCCCUCUACAGUCUGAUGAAUUUCAUAUGUUUUCUGAUGAUAACGACCUGCUGUCUUCCUCUUGCACUGAUGUAUAUAAUAGAUGUGUUAAUCUGAGCUGGUUGUAAGGCUUUUUCUGUGCAGAGAAGAGCAGGUAAUUCUGCUUCUUUUUUUACCUUAUUGUUAGUCGUUGUUUCAUUUUUCUAACUACUUUCAUUUGUAUUUUUUGUGAUUUAUUAAUCAGGCAGUUUAAUUGUCCUAUUUCUACAUUUAAUUUCUUUAAAAUGUAAAACGCAAACUCAAACGCAGGAGGUAGAGAUAAACUGAGAGCACAUGAGAUAUUCAGCAUCAUUAUGCUCAUAAUCUACACAACAUUAAAUACCAAAGAAAGCUUUAAACCCACAGACACGACACUGCAGAACCUCCACUACUCAAACUCACAUUUUAAAGGAUUUUACAGCACGAUGCAGGUCUAUUCUCUUUGUUUAUAUGGUCAUGUGACCGGGGUUUAUUAAAGCUGCAAGAUUGAUGAAGAAAAUAAAUAUUUUUAGCUGAUUAAAGAUUUA